AGCCGGUGCAGCAAUAGUAGAUUGUUUUGGCGUCACACAAGAUCCUACUGGCUGUUAUAUGUUUGUAACGAAAUUUUACGAAUAUGGAAAUUUGCAAGAAUUUCUUACCAAAACUAUGGGCUGCUUAUGUUGGAGAGAUAUAGUAGACAUGCUUUGGGGAAUGAUUUCUGGAGGUCUUGAACGAAUUCAUGACAGUGGUUUUUAUCAUGGCAAUUUACACUGUGGUAACUUGUUAAUUGAUGAACUCCCAGAAUCAAUUCAUUUGAAAAUUUCUGAUGUUGGAUUACAUGGACCUGCAGAUGGAACAGACAUAAAUGAUAAUGUUGAAUCCACCUCAAUUUCGGAACAAUUUGAUAUUGCUGAAGAAAAAAGAUUUUUGGAUUUAAUAAAUAAGACAUUCACUCAACCUACAAUUCACAAGGGAGCG